AUGUGUAACUUCAGAGUUGUGACAAGAAGUGCCAGUAAAGGAAGCAGCUCUUCAAGAUGGCUGAAGAGGCAACAAACAGUAAGAGCGAUCAUUAAUAUGCGCCAGUAACUAUUGAUGUGUUACAACUCAGUGUUGAGUUUGAGUACCAAGCAGCAAUAGAAAUUGAAGGACUGAAAUUUGAGCUCAAUUUUAUAUCAUUUGACAUUUUAUUAAAUUUUAUUCAUGGAAUUAGGACUUGUUUGUGAAGAAGGCACUUGAGGACAACUAUCUUUGCCGUAGCGCCUACAAACUGAUUGAGCUGGAUGACAGGUUUCAUUUCCUUCAACCUGGAAGAGUCGUGAUUGACUGCGGUGCAAGUCCAGGUAACUUCUUGAUAACAGUUCAUGUUACUUUACUUUUAAAGACAAACUUGAUGAUCAUUAACCUGCAACCACAGAUGUAUUUCCAGUGGUUGCUUCUUUCUCUCUGUCAGAGCGAGAAAAGCAACAACAGGGCUCGAAAUUAAAAAAAAAUGUCUGGUCGGAAAUUUGCGACUAGUUACGAAAAUUUGGUCGCAACUUUGAAAAUGUUAGUCGCAAAAUUUAUUGAGGCCAUUUAAUCAAGAAAUAAGUAGGCUUUUAAAUGAUUAACGCUUUAAUUUUCAUUCUUUCAACAGCUUUCAUGUCAUUUCAAGACUUAAUAGUACAGAACGUUUAGCAUCUUGGACAACACCAGUUCAUCUAAAUGAUCAAGUUGAACCUGCGUUAAGGCACAUAAAUUAGUGUCUGUUAUUUUUUUUUUAAACUAACCGUUACUGUCAAACGAAGAAACAAUGAAGCCUUAAGUACUCAUUUUUACCAACGAAAGUUAUUGACUCCAGUUUUUCUGCUUGUUUCGGUUCCUUUGAUCUUGCUCAGUGACUAACGACUGUCAGCGGCAAAUCAAAACGAAAUAUGAGCCUGCAAUGUACAUGUUUACAGAACCCGCUGAAAAUGGCGUGCUGUUGAAGGAAUAUCGUUGUGUGUAUGCAUUCCAGGUAAAUUACGGUAAACUUUCAGAUUGUAACAAAAUUAUAAGACGCUACUUCAAUGAAUCUUUUUAUUUCUAAAUUUAUUUAAGCAAAAAUUCAAGUGCUAGUCCUUUUACUUCGUAUCAGUUAAGGCAAAACCUAGUCGCAAAUUUGCGACUACUCUCGUUUUUCUAGUCACAAAUAAGAAAAAUUAAGUCGCAAAUGCGACCGUAUCGGUCGCAAUUUCGAGCCCUGAACAACCGGAAAAAUGUCUGCGGUCACAGGCUAGAUGAUUAUAGGGUAACAUUGAUGCAGAAAUUCAAUUGACUGUUUACUUGCACUUUGGGUUUAGAUUUUUACAUUUGAAUUAGGCAUCUCCAUACCUGGUUUUUAUGACAAAACAUAUGUGGAAUUGCAGUGAUAGCUGCAAUAGAACAUCCAUUUAUUCAAGUUAAAUGACAUUUUACCCAGUUUCAAGUUGUCUAUUUUGUUUAAUCAUCACCUUCAGGUUCGUGGACUCAAGUGGCAGUUAACCGAGUAUUGAUAAGGAAGGCUGGUUUGUACAGUAUAAUAAUAAACUUCUAGCAAAAUAAUUAAUUGAAUCAUGAUCAUUCAUACCACUUAUUAACUGAGAGUGAUGUCAUUACAGGGAAAUCUUAGACCGAGGCUUAUCAAUGCAUUGACCAAGCGAUACAAUGUACAUCAAGGCUGAGGUCCGAUGUUUCCCUGUAGUGACCAAACAGACAAGGUUAAUAAGUUAUUUACUAUGGCCUUUUCGUUAUGAACCUCAGCCGGCAGGGAGAGCAGGUGGUGGUACGUUGCAGUGCAGGAGGUGGAAGAGGAAAGGGUGGGAGAUGGGAUUUCUACAAGGGUGGGAAGCAGGAGAAAUAGGUGGAAAUUUUGCAGCAAUGCCUAAUAUUUUUGCAAAUGAAAAGAAUUAAGAAGGAAGCCAAGAAAAAAGGUGUGGGAGCCCACCCCCCCCAGAAAAAGCCAGUCUUGGACUAGAUUGUGAGCUAGCCUGCUCUAAGGCUAGGUUUUGACCCUCUAGUUCACCAUAAAAAGUAUAGUUUGAAGAUGAAGAUGUGUUAAAAUGUUCAAUGUUUAUGUUUGGUCUAGGUCAGCAGAGAGGUCUUGUCAUUGCAGUGGAUUUGUUAGGUAAAUAAAUCUUUUGAAUUAAUAAAUUGUUUUUCAUUGUAAAUUUAAUGUUUGUUACAAAUCACUGACAGUAAUUUGUACUAAUAGAAGUAAUGGAAAUACAUGAAAAAAAGGAUAAACAGCACAGUUAAAAGAGGAGAACUAAUUGUUUAUUUUUAAAUGUGUGAUGGAAUUCAUAAAUUAAAGUAGCAUUGGCGCAUGCAGUAGCUAUCUGCAUGGAUGAUCCCCAUGUCCCCUACUUAUAUCAAACAUUGCUAUGGGUUAUUUGCAUUUCUGUCAAAUUUUCUGACAUGUUUACAAGGAUGAAGAAGAUAAGGCCGGUAAGUUAAAUUUGAUGGAGCCAGUGUGGCCAAGUGGUCAGUGCGUCGGACUCAACAGGUUCAAGUCUUGCUCUGCCCUCCUGCUGGAUUUGUUCUUGGUCAUCCCUAGUUCAAAUCCUUGGCCACUCUUAACUUGUAAAUAUGAACUGGUUGUCUCCUGACAGUUGGAGUUUUUAAUCCUCUUAUGUUGUGUUUGAAUUAUUUGUUUCUAAGUACCGGUAUUUGAGUGGAGUGCCUGCAAACUAGCUGGAUAAGCUAAGUGCACUUUCCACUAUAAACAAGCCUUUAAACUUGAUGGCCUAAGUUACAAAUUUUGUCUUUCUUAACUAGACAUUGAAGACAUUCUUGGAGCAACUACUUUAUCAAGAUGUGAUUUUACAGAUGCCAGCACACAGAGGAAAAUACUCUCGCUACUACCACCAGCUGGAGCUGAUGUUAUAAUGAGGUACGGUAAAACAGACUGCUGUUUUUUCUUUUCUUUUCUUAACUGCAGCUGAUUGGAAUGGUAUUAUAAAUUAUAUUUUAUUAAAAACUGAAUCACUGGAUAAUGCAAUUCUAGCAUUUUGAUUGGCUUAGCCGUUAUGGUAUAUGAGCUAUUAUACCAUGCUCUCCAUAUAUGGUCGGUGUACUCGUCAGUUUAAAAUUGGAAGCUGGCUGAGAUUUUUUUUUGCGAAGGAUAGAACGGCGCCCGAAGCAAAUCUUUUUAAUUCAUUUCUUAGAAUACUAGAAAUGCAAUUUCAUCGAAAGAAAAAAGACAAAAACAAACAAAAAAGCCACAAGAGCUUGUUUGAAAGUUUGUGGAAAAACACAUGAAAACACAUGGAACUAAAGUACCUUGACCAGCUACGAAAGAAGACAAGUGUUGUUUCUUCAUGGUCGCGAAGCCAUUCGCAGAUCGAGUCACUUGCCAAUAGAUAACUGCGGCUUGUUUAUCCGACAUCAAGAAUAUAAAUCACAAGUAACCAACUACAAAUACAGGCUAUGCAGCCAUUCACUAGAGCAAUCGAGGCGGCAGUAUAGCUUCUUUUCUCGUUCAGCAAAACCAGCUUGUGGCUUCAAACAACUUCAUAACAAGCGUACGAGGUAAUAGUUUUUCUCCGUUGUUCUUAUGUGAAUAGCGGAAGUCCCUUGUCUUUUCCGGUUUGUUCUUGUCGGGGAGAUUCAACGAGAUUUUGUGGGCGUUUUUAAUAAAACAAUUAUUCCACUCGGCCUUGCUGGAUAUGAGAUGAUUAUAGCCAACUCGGCGCUUCGCGCCUCGUUGGCUAUCUAUCAUCUCAUAUCCAACGCGCCCUCGUGGAAUAAUUGUUAAAUAUUAAUAUUUUAUAUUGUGCCAUUUAGAUUAUUUUUUUUUGAUACACAGGUCAUUUCAUACUCUGCAAUAAUAAUUGGCUAGUUUGCUUCUCACACCCACUGUAAAGACUGAAAUUUGAUUUGGUUGUAUUUUUUUUACUAGGAAAUCCUUAUAUAUUUAAUAUAAUGCUUAUGCUGGUGCAUGAACAAAAAAAAGCAAUAAAGUUUUGGAUGCCAGUCAAAUAACUUGUGAGGUACCUACUUGAUCCAGUCAUCCAAAAAGAAAGCUAUGUCAAUAAGAAACAUCCUGCUUAUCCUUGUAUUCUUGUUUUGUGCUAUAAAUAUGAAUUCUCAUUUCCCCAUUGAUUCAUAGCCCUCCUUUAAUACUUUGCGCUGGGGCCAUAUCUAGAGGGGUGAAAGCAGCGCAUAAUUAACAAAACAGUGGUUAAACACUGCCAUGUACAUAUGACAUUGUUUGUAUCUUUGAGCUGCUGUACCCAGGAAUUGACUAAACUGCUAAUCACUUUUGAACCAUGAUCACCUGAAAUAUUUUUGGAAUUCCACUGUGUUAGUCUGACAAACAAGCCAAUCAAGUGUGAAACAACUAAAUCUCAAGCAGUUUUUUUUGUCUUAGCAGAAUUAAUAAUCAUGUGUGCAGUUACAUCUUUUUUGUUUAUUUUCAGUGACAUGGCUCCAAAUGCGACAGGAAGCCAUACUAUAAACCAUGAAGCCAUCUUGGUUAGUGAUAUAUGGAUUAAUUAUUGACCUAUAAGAGUAAGUUAGAGAUUCAGAAAGUGAUGAGGUCUUAAAUAAUGAUAGUUUAAAAGAGUGUUCCUAGAAAUACCACGAGAGUUAACUGGAAUUUUUUUAGGCUGUGGAGAGGGAGAGUCAUAUUAGUCGAAACAGGUUUGGGGAGGCUUUCAGAAAUAUGAAAGAAUUGAUUGAAAGAGAAAUACUUUAUUAGUGAUGAUUUUCAUAGAAAUUUCCAAAAAAUGGCUUAAAAUGUGCUCUGUUUUGCAUUCACUGCGGUUUUUUUAUGCCCAUAAUGUCAGAGAAUUAGGUUAAUAAUAAAAUACACUGCUGAUAUGAAAGAAGACCUCUGGGCUCUGGUAAUAACUCCACUUAUAGGCUACGAAGAAAGGCCCAUUAAAAAGAGAUACUAGUUAUUAAAUUUAAGCCAUCUUAUCCGCAGAACCUUUGUGAAUCAGCCUUUGAAUUCAGCAAAGAUGUGUUGAAGCCUGGUGGGCGUUUUCUGUGUAAACUCUGGGAUGGUUAUGGCACACAAGGUGAGGAGAGGGAACAUACACAUGUUAAGUAAACCAAAAAAAUCUUUCCUUAAAACUUAGCACUCACCAGAAAGAAAAAUGACAUUACAGCCAUCUUAAGUUUUAAAAAAUAAAAGAAGGUUCUAAAUUCCUUUAGAAUUUCUCUAAACUUUGUCCAACAAGGCACUAAGAUUUCAAAUUGCCGGGUAUUUGCAAUUAGUGGGCCGGGAGCUGUAUUGCUGACUUUUCUACUCAUUUACUUUUUAAUUUUGCAGAUUUUUUUUUAAAAAUUUUCAGAUUUUAUCAAAAUGUUACAAGGUUAUUUCAAGCAAGUUAAAGAAUGCAAGCCCCAAGCAAGCAGGAAGGAAUCAGCCGAAAUUUACCUUUAUGCUGAGAACUUUAAAAAAUAAUGCACAUGAUGUUACAUGUGCACAAAUACAGCUGACAACAUAACGCAACAUGCUUCAUUCUCACUACCGUAGUCAAGAUAAAGGAGCGGUUGUUGUUUUACGUGUUUAAUUUACUAAUGUUAAGUUAUCGAAUUCUUUUUCUGAGUAUCGACUGUUUGAAUCGGUUCCUUGGUCAAAACAUUAAGAACUGCCUGUGGACAACUACGCGAUACAACUAAUUAGCGUAACUUUAUAGGCCGGUGCAAGACUUCUACGUACUUCUGUUAUAUGGGGAUGUGACAGAUGUGGCAUAGUGAGGGAUGGUUUACAAGUGGAGCUCACGAGCGCUGCAACAGCGCUUGCAUGGUCCAGAUGAAAAGCAAAUGUGCCAUUUUCGAGCCUUUUGCGGACGAAGUCAAAAGGCUCGAAAGAGAGAGGAAGACCGUUUGUGACGACUUGGCAACGACUUUAUCCAUUUUCAUGACCCUCUGCUUAUGUAUUGCGGUAUAAAGCUGUACAAAGUGGAAUAUCAAAAGUAUUUUCAAGCAAAAGGUGCGGUGCACCUACACUUGCGUGCAAAGCAUACAUUAAUCCUGUGUUGUCACUUCUUGAAUAAAUCGUCCU